UUCUUGCAAACUGAAGACCUGAGAAAUACCUACCCACUUCUUUACUUUGCCUUACGUGUAUUCUACAACCCAAUCUAUAUCAUAUGCACACCUUCAUUGUUAUCAAUCGAAAUCUCAAAGCUCUACUUGCUAUAUCUUUGCAUCUUUGAAAAAAUGUUUUGAUUGAACAACCUGCUGUUGCUGUCACAAACAUUGAAUACAAUAUCAUAAAUGUUGUACGAAAUUUGCGUGUAAUAAAUGGCGCCAGGGCCGGCUCGAAGCUCACUGAUCGUCCUUAUUUGGUUCUCUACUCCACACACACAAUCGUAUUUAUUUCGAUUUGCGUAUACCUCAUUUCGUUUAUAUCUAUCUAUAUAUAAAUAAUAUAAUCAUCCAUCUUAAGUCAUUGCUUCCUUCCUCCGGCUUUUUAUUUAAUCUUUACGACAUUAAAACCAGACCAGACCAAAAACACAUUAAUAGUUUUAUCUCUUUCUAAAAAAUUCUCACUUUGAUUCAUUUGGAGGUUUGUCGGUCUCUUCUAUAAACUUACAACUUUUACUAUACGAAAAGUAGUUUUCAUUCUCUGUGUUUCAUCUUCUUCUCUAAUCUUCAAAACUUGUAAAGGGUUUUCGGUUUUUGUUAGCGAGUGGUGAGCAAAAUGGGAAGAAAGCCUUGCUGUGACAAGAACGGUUUGAAGAAAGGUCCAUGGACUCCUGAAGAAGAUGAGAUUCUUGUUGAAUAUAUCAUGAAAAACAGCCAUGGAAGCUGGAGAUUAAUUCCAAAGAAAGCUGGUUUACUUCGCUGUGGAAAGAGUUGUAGAUUGAGAUGGACCAACUAUCUUAGACCAGACAUUAAGCGAGGUCCAUUCACUCCCCAGGAGGAGAAACUCGUUGUCCAACUUCACGCCAUUCUUGGCAACAGGUGGGCUGCUAUAGCAGCACAGCUACCAGGGAGAACAGAUAACGAGAUCAAGAACUUAUGGAACACUCACUUGAAGAAACGUAUGCUAAGUAUAGGUCUCGAUCCCAAAACCCACGAGCCGUUACCUUCAUAUGCGUUAGCCAUGCAAGCUCCAGCUUCACAAACAACUCGCCACAUGGCACAAUGGGAAAGUGCUAGACUUGAAGCUGAGGCAAGGCUCUCUAGAGAGUCAUUGCUUUUUAAUCCUUCUGGUGGAGAAGUAGUGAAACAUGAAUGUGAUCACUUCUUACGCAUUUGGAACUCAGAGAUUGGUGAAUCUUUCAGAAGCAUUGGUGUAUCAUCAUCAACUACUAUUAGUCAAAGCCCUUGCUCGAGGACAACAUCUUCAUCAAAUGCACUUGUAGUGAAAGAGUGUGUUAUAGGCACUCAUCAUGGUUCUGAUUCUUCUUCUUCUCCUUGUUUUAAUAAUGUUGAAGAUGUUUUAUCAGACACCUCUCUUCAGUUUCUUCUUGAUUUCCCAAUAAGUGAUGAUGAUAUGAGUUUCUUGGAAAGAGAACAUUGUUAGCAGCUACACAUGGACCAUGGUUUCUAAAUUCUAGAAAGAGAUUCAAACUUUGGUCAUCUGAUCUUUAGUGAUCAGA